AUGGAGAACGAACGCGGAGAACUCGUAGACCUCUACAUCCCACGCAAGUGCGACGCCACCAACCGUAUCAUCCGCCCCAAGGAUCACGCUUCUGUGCAGAUCGCCAUUGCCAAUGUUACAGCUGAAGGCCGCGCAAUCCCCGGAGACAACAAGUCGUUUGCCCUCGCUGGCUUCGUCCGCGCAAUGGGUGAGGCUGACGACUCGUUGAACCGCCUGGCUCAACAGAGUGGAUAUCUGGAGAAGGUGUGGAACGCUGUCAAAUAA